CCGAGCUUCAGCAAUCCAAUUCCAUCACCCAAUUCCUCUUCCUUUCCUUCCUGACAUCAAUUGUCUUUGACAAGAUGCAGGCUCUCAAGUUCUCAAGACUUGCUCGACCUGGUUUGCAGGCUGUGGUGCGAAGCUAUUCCACCGCAACUGGCUCCUACACUGCGACAGCUGAGAAUUUACGCAUUUCAAAGGAUACGAAGGUGAUAUAUCAAGGAUUCACUGGCAAGCAAGGAACAUUCCAUGCCCAACAAGCUAUCGAGUACGGUACGCAAGUUGUUGGAGGAACGAAUCCUAAGAAGGCUGGACAAACACAUCUUGGACUGCCAGUCUUUGCGACUGUUGCAGAUGCGGUAAAGGAGGCGGGAGCUACGGCUUCAGCUAUCUUCGUCCCCCCACCUCUUGCUGCAGCUGGUAUUGAGGAAGCUAUUGCUGCUGAGAUUCCUUUGGUUGUUUGCAUCACGGAGGGUAUCCCACAACACGAUAUGGUCCGAAUCACAGAUAUCCUGAAGACACAAGGAAAGACGAGAUUGGUUGGCCCCAACUGCCCAGGCAUUAUUGCGCCAGGGCAAUGUAAGAUUGGCAUAAUGCCCGGAUUCAUCCAUAAGCGCGGUCGCAUUGGUAUCGUCUCUCGAUCCGGAACCUUGACCUACGAAGCUGUCAACCAGACUACGGUGGCAGGCCUAGGGCAAUCUCUCGUUGUUGGUAUUGGUGGCGAUCCAUUCUCUGGUACCAACUUCAUCGAUUGCUUGAAGGUCUUCUUAGAAGAUGAGGAAACCGAUGGCAUAAUCAUGAUUGGUGAAAUUGGAGGCUCUGCUGAGGAGGAUGCUGCCGAAUUCUUGAAGGAGUACAAUACCUCGAAUAAGCCAGUUGUCAGCUUCAUCGCUGGUAUCUCUGCACCACCUGGACGACGAAUGGGUCAUGCUGGUGCCAUUGUCAGCGGUGGUAAGGGAGGAGCCGAUUCGAAGAUUGCAGCACUCGAAGCUGCCGGUGUUAUUGUUGAGCGAAGCCCAGCUCUCCUUGGGAAGACAUUGCAUGGGGAGUUUGUAAGACGUGACUUGAUUUAAAGUCCUUGGUAAAUUAGAUUAUGGGAAGGUCGCACAUGAGCGUCCUUUGUCCAAUACCUCUUUUUUCGUGUAUAGCAAGCAAUUGACUUGGUGAUGAGUCUUGUUUCAGCGAGAUACGCAAGGGUGCAAAUAUCCAUGCUUGCGAUACCUAUGACGCCGAGUUUGGAUGAAAGAACAAGAGACUUCAAGAUAAAACUAUAGGAAGCUUGUCUUGUUCUCCAUUCCGAAAAAGUAGCGAUUUUCCCGCCCCUGGCAGGCUGAAC